AUGCGGCGGAGCCCCCGCCUGGGCUCGGCGGCGUCCCCGCAUAAGCGCACGCCCAACUUCUACAGCGACAACAGCAACAGCUCAGUGAGCGUCACCUCGGGGGACAGCAGCGGGCACCGGUCAGUUGGGCCGGGGCCCGGGGAGCCCGAGGGCAGAAGAGCCCGGGGCUCGAGCUGCGGUGAGCCUGUCUUGAGCGCAGGAGUGCCCGGAGGAACCACAUGCGCUGGAAGCCCUCGGCAGAAGCCUGCGCCUCGGAGCCACAAAGGGCCGACCGCCUGUGGCGCGGCAACCGUGAGGGGCGGGGCCUCGGAACCGGCUGGCUCUCCCGUAGUCUCUGAGGAGCAGUCCGACCUUCUCCCGACCCUGGAUCUGAGGCAGGAGAUGCCUCCACCGCGCGUGUCCAAGAGCUUCUUGAGCCUGCUGCUUCGGGUGCUGAGCGUGUCGUUGUCCCUGAUAGGAGACGUGCUGGUCAUUGUGUACAGGGAGGUCUGUUCCAUCCGCUUCCUGCUCACGGCCCUGUCACUGCUGAGCCUCUUUCUGGCAGCACUCUGGUGGGGGCUGCUGUAUCUGGUCCCUCCUUUGGAGAAUGAACCUAAGGAGAUGCUGACUCUAAGCGAGUACCACGAGCGCGUGCGCUCCCAGGGGCAGCAGCUGCAGCAGCUCCAGGCCCAGCUCGAUAAACUACACAAGGAGGUGUCCAGCGUUCGCGCAGCCAACAGCGAGAGAGUGGCCAAGCUCGUAUUCCAGAGGUUGAAUGAAGACUUUGUGAGGAAACCUGACUAUGCGCUGAGCUCUGUGGGGGCCUCCAUCGACCUAGAGAAGACAUCACACGACUAUGAGGAUGCGAACACUGCCUACUUCUGGAAUCGCUUCAGCUUCUGGAACUACGCUCGGCCGCCAACAGUUAUCCUGGAGCCAGAUGUGUUCCCUGGGAAUUGCUGGGCUUUUGAGGGAGACCAGGGUCAGGUGGUGAUCCGGCUACCGGGUCGCGUGCAACUGAGCGACAUCACCCUGCAGCACCCACCGCCCAGUGUGGCACACACCGGGGGAGCCAACAGCGCCCCCCGCGACUUCGCAGUCUAUGGCCUCCAGGUUGAUGAUGAGACUGAAGUUUUCUUGGGGAAAUUCACCUUCGAUGUGGAGAAAUCAGAGAUUCAGACUUUCCACCUACAGAAUGACCCCCCAACUGCCUUUCCCAAGGUGAAGAUCCAGAUUCUAAGCAACUGGGGCCACCCCCGUUUCACAUGCUUGUAUCGAGUCCGAGCCCAUGGCAUGCGAACUUCAGAGGGAGCAGGGGACAGUGCCACGGGGGAACCCCAUUAAACAUGCUGAUUGUUGGAGUAGAGUGCAGGUCUGUGCUGAAAGAAGCUGGAAUCAUACUGAGGU